AUGGAUGGUCUGUUGAUCAACACGGAGGAUUUAUACACGGUGGUUACAAACGAAAUCUUAGCGGAGUUCGGAAAGGGACCUUUGACGUGGGAUGUGAAAAUUCAGCUGCAAGGCCUUCCCGGACCUCAGGCCUCUACAAAGAUUUUGGAACAUUACAAAAUUCCUUUGACUUUAGCAGAGCUGGAUCAGAGAAACCUUGAAUUGCAGCACAAGAAAUGGCCCACAUGUUCUUUUUUGCCGGGUGCAUUGGAACUAAUCAGAUAUCUACACUCCAAAAAAGUGCCGAUUGCCUUGUGCACGUCGUCAGCCAAACACAAGUACGAGGGGAAAACUGGCCAUUUGAAACAAGGCUUCGAGCUUUUCGAUGUCAUCAUCACAGGCGAUGAUCCCCGUAUCCCACCGGGGAGAGGCAAACCGUUUCCCGAUAUCUGGCAGAUCGGUCUCGCUCAACUGAACGAGAAGUUUGGAUCGGAUAUCUGUCCCGAUGAGUGCAUUAUUUUUGAAGAUGGACUACCAGGAGUUGCCGCGGCGAAGGCCGCGGGAGCUUAUGUUGUGUGGGUACCUCAUCCGGAUGCUCUCGAAGUUUUGGGAGACCUUGAGGCUGUUCUUAGUGGCAAGGGUGAAGUCCUGAAUUCUCUUGCUCAGUUAGACAAGGCUAAAUUUGGGUUAUGA